AUGGCCAAAGCUGCUCUACCUAUUGAUAACUUCCAUGCAGAUGUCGGCGGUCAGUCACUUGAAAUUUUUUGUAUUAUCUGGCUCGAUAAUAAUAUUAAAGCCAAAGAUAAUCGAGACACGGAACAAAAAUUACGUUCUAUUAUUAAUCGUCUCAAGAAAUUUCAUGAUUUAGAACAAUGUCAAAAAUAUAUUGAACAACGAUCACAAAAUGAACGGAUAGUGAUGAUUGUUAGUGGUCGAUUGGGACGAGAAAUAGUUCCUUCUGUUCACAAAAUUCGACAAAUUGUAUCAAUCUAUGUGUACUGCAUGGAUAAGGAAAGGAACAAACACUGGGCUGUCAAAUUUGCAACAGUAAAAGCUGUUGUGGUUGAACUUGAUGAACUCGUAUCUCGAAUUAAGGGUGAUCAUAAAAUUCAAAAGAUUGUAGAAGAACCAUUGUCACUCAAUACUUUCACUACAGAUUCUGGUGCAGGUAAAUCAACAAACACUGUAAACGGAAAAUUCGUUUUUUCACAAGUUCUUAUUGAUUGUCUUUUGCGACUUAAAUCUACUCAAGCAGAUACCAAAGAGCUUAUUAAGAUUUGUAAAAAUGAAUAUGAAGGUAAUGAUAAAGAGUUAAGCAAUCUUCGCGAAUUUCAAAAGAAUUAUUAG